CUGAGAGAAACAGAGAGUCAGUGUGUGUGUGAGGGAGCGUGGAUGAGGGGGGGAAGAGAGCGAAGAGGGGAGCGACAGAGAAAGAGAGAGAGGGAGGGAGGAUGCCUGUUUGGAGCAGCAGGCAUCAAGGAGAGAGAGAAAUGGCAUAUUAGACCAUUACCAUGAGCAGAGCCCAGGGCUUCUGCUAAACAGCUUUUCCAUUUCUUAAUAAAAACAUAUUCCACCAAAUGUCUCCUGUCCCUUGCAGAGCCCUGCCAGCUGGUACCUUCACUCCUUCUGCAGCCUGUAGAAAGAAGGGAAGUUUAAUUUUUUUUAAGUGUUGAAAAGGGAUUUUUUUUAAGUGAGGGCCAAAAGACAGAGAGUGGUGGUGGAGGAGGAAGGGGAGGGGCAGUGCUGAAAUCAGGGUAACUGACGCUUGGUCGCCUUUAGGAGGUCUGUGUACCUGGGGGGCUGCUUGAAUGCAAGCUAUUCCGAGUGCCUCCAAGCAAAGCUGCAGCAGCAACAGCUCAGCAGAUGUAGAUGUGUGCGGGUGUGCAUGCUUAACCCUUUCUACGCUCUCUGGAUUUAUACCAUGCUGAAGAUCCUAACCAAAAAGCUCAGGGACCAGAGUUUGAAUGAGAUCCAGCCUUUCCAGCUAAAGAUCUCCUACCCCCCAAGUGAUGAGGAGGACAGCGACGACUCUGAGGGAGAGAACCAGGAGCUUGCUCAGAUCGACAGAGAGAGAAGACGGAAUUGCACACUGACCCCUCUUGCGACCAAUCAGCUCCAGAACCAGGAGAAUCAAUGCUGUAAGGUCCGGACCCUUUUCCAUGCUAGCCUGGAUCGCCACAGCUCGGAAGAGGAGUUGGAGCGCAUCAACCGAGAGUUUGCCACCGAGAAGCGGAAGUGGUCUCAGGUCAGCAGGCUUUCUUGCUGUGGUGACAGCAACAACACAUCCUCCAGUGACGAGGAAGUGAAGAACUUGUGUGGCAUGUCCUUCCGGCCCGUGGUGGAACAAGCUGAUGGUCUGCAUGCUAGCCCCAGCCCAGUGCUGUUCAGUGCCUCCCCUCCUAAGAGACUCCAGCCCCUGGCGCGGAACCCAGCCUCCAGGCCUCUGAUAUUCACAAGCGUUGGGGCCGGCUUUGAGCAAGUCAUGCCUUGUAAGAGACACCGGCAAGGCUACGGGGACAAGGUCAGCAGACCCAGCCUUGACCUGGAAAAAAUGCAGCAGAAGAUGCUGCUCAAGAAGAACUGUGGAGCAAAAACAAGAGUUAUUAAAAUUCGCAAUGUGAACGGGAGCCGCCCACCAUCCCACUUGGUGUAUGACCCAUCCACCUUUGCCUUCCGUUCCCUCAGCACCUUGAAGCCCCUGAGCCCAAUAGCUCCAGUUGAAGAACCGUCAUGUGCCUACUGAAGGAGUUUCUCCGAAACCUCAGGAAUUGUCGUACCACCCAUCCCCCCAACAGGGAUGGGAUGGGAUGGAGGACCAGGGGGAAUGGGGACAUCUUUGCAAUAGAAAUCUCUGUGGCAGUGGAGAAACUGGUGGAUUUGCACCAGUACCCAGUUUCACAUCAUUGGGAGUGAAAUGAGCAAGUCUGCUUCAUAAGCUACAGUGGAGCCAUGAAGAUGGUGUCAGCCACAUGGACAUGCCAGGUGUAUUUAGCCCUCCAGGGCUAGCAGGCAGUCACUGUGUAGAGGCCAGCAGUGGAGACCGGACAGGUUGCUGCCGCAUGCCCACCAGAACUGAGUAGAUUUCUCCUCAGAUGCUUUGCUGGAGGGCCAGCUGCUUCCCCCAAACUGAAGAGUUUUCAGGGCUGGAGCCAGAGGUUGGCUAGGGCACCCUACAAAGAGAAUAGGGCCCUUCUGCAAGGUUGUUGAAAUGAUGCUCAUUUGAAGCUCUGUUACAGUUGAGGGGCCCCGGGAAUUAUGGUCUGGGGAGUGUGAAUGUAGAGCCUGCAGGUGCCUACCCUGAUUAUUCUGCUCUUGGGGCACUAAAGAUGGUUAAAAUGGGCAGGCACAGAGCACCAGUGUUAAGGGAAUCCCCAUAUCCUCUGCUGGGCUUUGCAGUGGGAAAUGGAAGGUCUGUAGUCAGCUGACCAUGGAUACAGUCAGACCGCUGCUUUCAGUCCUCAUGCUACAAGGCUAGAGUGACAAACUGAGAGGAGUGGGGCAUCCUUGGGGUCCCUUUCCACUGGGGCUGUGUGCAGCCUAGAGGUAGUGUGGGGUUUGGCAUCGGGUAUCUCCCUGUGACUGGCCCAAGACAAGGUUGAGUUUGGGGACACUACACCACGUUCAGCAAAGUCCAACAUGCUCUCCGGGAAGCCUGCUGAGCCCUCAUUCUGCCAGUGCCUUGUAAACUGUGCUGUGGUGGAUGCUGAGCUCACUUGAGUCUGAUCACACCAGCAGAGUAAAUGAUUUUGACACAGGUAUGGUGGGAGGGCGCUCUUGUUGUCAAACCACAGCAGUUUCCAGAGGGUAGGCAUAUUCCAAGCAUCUCACAAGGCCUUGUCACCAGUGAGACUUGAACGAGUUUUGAGAUCUCCCUGGUCAGGUAGUUUGUGCCAUGAAAGAUGCAGUUAAUGUUGGACUGCCCUUGUUUCGCUUGGCUGAGCUGGGGAGGCUCCGUAUUCGGUGCACUCAGAUCCUGUGUCCCUGUCUGGUACAGAAGCUCCUGUUCCCUGGAUGCUUCCCUGUUCUGAGCAAGAGUUCUGAGCCUUGGGCAGGUGCAAGGGGGCGUAAGCUGCAUCCUUUGCAGGGCUGCAGUAACUUCCUCUCCUUCUCUGGAGCACAAGGGGCCCAGUGGAGGAAUUGUGAGGUUUCUGAAAAAUUCCCACACGCUUUUGUGUGGCGAGCUCUUUAGUGCCCCAUAUAAAAUGAGCUGGCCUGCUCCCAGUCCCACUCUCCAUGGACAGCUCACAUGGCAAACCAGUACUAACUGGCCUCUUUGCUGGGAAUCUCAGCAGAGAGGCCAGGUGGACCACUGAGACUGAACUCCCCUUCCUUCCUUGCAGGUCCGAGUUGGGGCACAUUGGAAGGAGAGGGCAGGGGGCAGAAACAUGUCCUGAUGCUGCCUUGCUGUGACUAAAGGAUUUCAAGGCUGCAGAUAAAGCCCCUUUCACCAGCAUUAAAUAAAGGGCAUUGGCUUGAUUUAUUCUCUGGGUGCUUCUGUUGGGAAUUAAAGCUUUAGUGGCUACCAGCAGGGUGUGCUCAUUUCAAAACAGAUGUUGCUCCUAGUUGAUCUUCCUCCCUAUGGGGGGGAAGGGUGGGUGGGUUCUGUUUAUACCCUCUUUUGAUGGUGCGCAUGAUCUUUAACUGCUGCCGGAUCAAAAGGUGGAGCAUUGCAUGGUGAGAGCUGUCAUCUCCUCAGGCCACAUCCCUCCAUAUUAAAGAUGAGGGCAGCAAUAUCCUGACUCCCUUUUCUGCAUAUUAGGUACGGGCCUCAAACUGCCAGUGUGACCCUCAGUUGGGCAAGGUUUGGGUGCCCCCACCUCUAAGACUUCAGUCGGUGCUGCUGGAAUCAGACCCCGAUCAUCCAGCAAGAUGAGGUGUUUUCAUUGGCCCGAGGCGAUGCCGUGUGCUGCCGUCUCUUACGAUAUUCCACGAGGUGGGACUGGAGAACAAAGAGUUCCUGUCAAUAUCGUUGCCUUUCUUUCGUACUUUUGUAACUUUUCUCUCUUUUCUUUUUCAAUCAGAAGAAAAAUAAAGUUAAAUGUUAAC